AUGAAAUCGUUUUUAUCAGUGAUGUUCGCGCCACUGCUCUAUCUACGCCCUCGCUUCCGUCAAGACCAGGACUGGUCAUAUCGACAAGCACUAGCAAACACUUUCAUUAAAGUCUUUCUAUACAUCUUCGUGGCAUUUCGCACAAAACCACCACUUUCCCUCAAGCCAGGUCUAGACGGAGACCGCUUCGUCGUAAUAGAGCCAGGUGCACCAGAGCUCUACACUACCAUUGCAGUGGACAACGAGAUCCAGCCAGUCACCGUGGGAGGCACAUGGUUCCCAUCACUCUACCAAUACAACACAACGACUACCCAAGAUAAGUACGUCGUGCUCCAGUUUCACGGCGGCUCUUACAUCCUCGGCGACGGCCGCACAUCAUCUUGCCAGUUCCUCGCCAACAGGGUGCUAGAGCGCACACCGGUAAGUCACGUCUUCAGCCUGCAGUACCGUCUAGCCUGCAACCCCAACGGUCGUUUCCCAGCCCAACUCCAAGACGCCAUCUCCGCCUAUUCAUAUCUACUCCACACCCUGCACAUCCCGGCAUCUCGCAUAGUUCUCAGUGGCGACAGCGCAGGCGGCCACCUCGCCCUCGCACUCCUGCGUUACAUCAGCCACUUUGACGACGAGAAGGCCCUCCCACCACCAACAUGCACGUGGCUUUUCUCGCCCUGGUGCGAUAUUCCCGCUGCCCGCAACGAGGAUCUCUGGAAUAAUCUUCCCAAUGUGCAAACGGACUAUAUCCCACCGUCGUUCCCUAAAUGGGGUGCAAAGCAUUUUAUUGGUAACCUAGAGAUCACGAGCGAGGUCGAGCCGUAUCUUGCGCCGCUCUGGCAUCCCUUCAUCCUGCCUUCCCCUGUUUUGAUUGUGUCCGGUGGCAGGGAGGUUAUGUGUCAGGAACAUGAUCGGUUAGCGAGGCAUUUGGGUAAAAUUCAGCAGAAUGAAGGUCGAGUGGAGUAUUUCGUGCAGGAUAAUUUGCCGCACGAUGUGCUUAUGGUUGCAUGGAUUCUGAACUUUCGAAAGGAGGCUGAUCAGUGUGCUGCCAAAGCUGGGACUUUCUUGACGAGAAUGCAGUCUAUGUCAGAGGAGGAUGCUACUCACGUUCCUUCUGUGGCUUUUGAGUGA